AAAUUAAGAGCAGUGCAAAGAUUCAACAGUCCCGAUGAAGACUUUGCCACUGGAGUGGAGACGCACAACGAUUAGUUGGUUUUUAACAAUGUGUUCAACGAGUCAAAAACGGAGAGUGUUUUAAUUUUGUUUUGUAAUAGACGAAGCGCAUACCUGUUCAAAAAUCAGUCGAAGUAGCUUCCAUUUUUUUCAGCGUUUUUGUGUGCAGCCUGCCAAUAAAUCUAACAGAGCUCACUCCGCGAGCGGUUUGUGCUUUUGGACGUUUUACUUGUACUACUCUCACCAUGGAGUACACCUCUUCCCCGAAGCCACAGCUCUCCUCCAGGGCAAACGCGUUCUCGAUAGCCGCUAUCAUGUCAAGUGGAAAAACGAAGGACAAGGAAACCGAUGAAAACACCAUCAAGCCACUUGAACAAUUCGUGGAGAAGUCCUCCUGUAACCAAGGUUUGGGAGAGCUGUCUUCUCUAGAUGGGCUCGGAGAUUUCAGCGGGAGCGCGCCUCCAGUGUGCACAGAGCCGCUGAUCCCCACCACCCCCAGUGUUCCCAGCGAGGAGAUGGCCAAAAUCUCCUGCAGUUUAGAGACCAAAGAACUCUGGGACAAAUUCCAUGAUCUCGGCACCGAGAUGAUCAUCACAAAAUCCGGAAGAAGAAUGUUCCCCACCAUCCGUGUGUCCUUCUCGGGGGUGGACCCGGACGCCAAAUACAUCGUGCUGAUGGAUAUUGUUCCGGUCGACAACAAACGCUACCGAUACGCCUACCACAGGUCGUCCUGGCUCGUGGCGGGCAAGGCGGACCCCCCCCUGCCUGCACGGUUAUACGUGCACCCUGACUCUCCUUUCACUGGGGAACAGCUGCUCAAACAAAUGGUGUCUUUCGAGAAAGUAAAGCUCACCAACAACGAACUGGAUCAACAUGGACACAUCAUACUAAACUCCAUGCAUAAGUACCAGCCCCGGGUCCACAUCAUCAAGAAGAAGGACCACACCGCCUCCCUUCUCAACCUCAAGUCAGAGGAGUUCCGCACCUUCGUUUUCACMGAGACUGUCUUUACCGCGGUCACAGCCUACCAGAACCAGCUGAUAACCAAGCUGAAGAUCGACAGCAACCCGUUUGCGAAAGGCUUCCGAGACUCCUCCCGACUGACGGACAUGGAGAGGUUACUGCAAAGACAUGAUAUAUCUUGCAGGGAAAGUGUUGAGAGUUUGAUCCACAAGCACUCGUACGCACGGUCGCCCAUACGCACCUACGCAGGUGAGGAGGAGACACUGGGGGAUGACGGCCACGCCGCACAYAGGGGUUCUGCGUUCACCGCCUCUGACAACCUCUCUCUGAGCUCCUGGGUCACUGCCACCUCUGGUUUCUCAGGCUUCCAGCACCCCCAGUCCCUCUCUGCUAUGGGCUCCAGCAGCGCCUCCCUGGCCACCCCCUUGCCCCACCCCAUGCAGGGCUCCCUGCCACCUUACAGCCGGCUGGGCAUGCCCCUGACACACUCGACCCUGGCGGGCACCAUGCAGGGCGGCGGGCCCUCCUUCCCCUCCUUCCACAUGCCCCGCUACCACCACUACUUCCAGCAAGGCCCCUACGCUGCCAUCCAGGGACUGCGCCACUCCUCCACCGUCAUGACCCCCUUUGUAUGACUCCCUCUGGGGUGACUGCCUGGCCGAGUAGCCCCUCAUCAGCUACAACUAAGCUUAUAGACACACUUCCACACACAAGUAGAUAGACUCACCGAUUUGUCCGCCUCAGCAUCAUCACCCAUCGUCACCACCGUGUCCUUGUAAAUAAUAAGCCCCCUGGCCGAGGCGACUGACUGGACGACCUGGAGAGGCUGCCUGG